GUAGAAUUGUCACACACUGAUUAUUUUUUUUAACCACAUUUUGAACACGCCUUCCGUUAAAAAGUGCCUUUCUUCUAUUCGCUCCAUAAGUAGGAAGUUGAAGGAUAAGAAAUCUGUGCCAUCGUUUACAACGUCAUCUAAUGAGGCUUUCAUAGAAUUCACUUCAGUAGAGUCUAUUAGCGUAACUUAAAACUAUUACACCUAUUUCCGUGCUCAUUUUCUUUCGAGGUUAAGGGUUUCAAUAAUAUCACAUAUAGUGAAAGAAGAAACAAAGUUUUCAGAGAUGUUGGAUGUAGUUGUAUUAUUUAACGGCUACUCGAAACGUCUCAGUCACAACAGAACAGAGGCCAACUGCACAUGCACGCUUAUCAAAGGACCAAAAAUCAUUAUCGUGGAUACAAUGACGGCCUGGGACCGAGAACGUCUCGUUGAGGCUUUGGAGAGACACAACGUACAACCAAGAAACAUUGAUUAUGUUGUUUGCACACAUGGCCACGCGGAUCACAUAGGAAAUAAUAAUUUAUUUCUCAAUGCAGAACACAUUGUUGGCUACAAUGUUCACCAAGGGACUAUUUUUUAUGAGAAGCAGCUUCAGGACGAUUACCAACUCUGCAAUGGAGUCAGUAUUACCGCAACACCUGGGCACACUUACGAGGAUGUCACAGUUUUAGUAGAAGCUGGUACAGGGAGGGAGUCUGUCAAGUAUGCUAUAACAGGUGACUUGUUUGAGAAGGAAGAAGACGUCGCAGAUCCAUCAUUGUGGAAAGAAGUUGGUACCUUUGCACUCCGGAAAAUUCAGACUUCCUCACGUUUGCGAAUAAUGAAAUAUGCUGAUUACAUUAUCCCCGGACACGGCCCAAUGUUCCGAACCAAUGACGCUCUAAUUCGUUUGUUGGAAAACCAGACCGACGGAGAAUGAUCGCUUAGCGGAUAUUCGAAGAAUUUCCAGAGAUCUGUGAAGCAAGUUUUCGUAAAAACUAUUAGGAGAAUAACGUUUUAUUCAUUAUUGAUGGAAUCAGUGUAAACUGUACAAAGCAAGCUGAGAAAAAUUCUCUCCGUUUUACAACGCUUCAAAUUAUAGCUAUUUACCUGACUCUAAAACCAGUAAGCCAACUUUAUGGCUCCAUCAGAGUCUCGCUGUGUGUCCAUUACGCUUGAUUGGCGAACAAGUCGCCGCAUACUGGCAUGAGAAUCGCGGCAAUCCUUUCCAGUGUUGAGAGGAGACUCCUCGGAAGCAGUUUUUUCGGUAGCAUGAAACGGGUCUGGUGUUUGCUGCAUUUCAACUGUCUCGCCGGCUGAAAGAUCCUCAUACGAAGUCGUCGUCGACGAUGGCCUGCGGAAGCCAGAAACGAAUAACUUUUACAACUAGACACAUUGUAAUUUAAACCCUUCUAGAAACACAUGUUGCUCUUCUCAGAGGUGAUGAGAACCCAAAACGCGCGUGAUAAGAGGGUUCGGGAUAGAGUAAAAUUAUGCAAAGUA